ACGCCAUAUUGAAAGUUCUAAGUGGGAAGUCGGUCAAACGCUGACCCUAUUAGUUAUUUCUAUUUAUUGUGUGACGAUAUUGAUUUAAAAACUUAUUCUAAAUUUUUAUUACGUAUUUAGUGAACGAUUUGUUGUGAUUUAAAAUAAAACAAGUGCGUUUUUACAAUUUGCAAUUCGCCUAAUGAAUACGUCACAGCGCCAUGUUGUAUUCCUGCGCUGAUUGCAGGCACGAGAAAUCUGCCAACCCGUUUAUUUUCCGGGAUUAGUUCCCGAGAAUAAAUCGAACUGCGAUUUUGUACUCAAAUAUAUUUUAAUUUAUAUUUGUUGGCAAAUGUCAAACAACUUUAGUGGAAUAGAUGCAUCCCUGUCAUCGAAUUUUAAGUGCUAAUUCCUAAAUCCACUGCAUUUUUGUGCAUCCGCGAAAGUUGAAAGGACUGUGUUGUAAAAGAAAGAAGUGACAAUUAGCCAAAAUUCCGGUCCCUACGCGCAGACGAGAAGGUGCCUACCCGCCGGGGCAGUCAGGCGAAGGAGAAAUGAACAGUAACAAGCGUAAAAACCGCCAAGGGCCGCCGAGGUCACCACGAGGGCGCGUGGUGCCAGAGGGCGUCUACAAUAACGCGCACUUCAUGCACGCAGCGACGUCGCACGUCGGCGACAUCGUGCAGGUGCUCACCCAAUCAGGAAGCCUCUGGGAAGGCGUCUUCAAAACAUUUAGCGCUCAAUUUGAGGUUGUAUUAGAAGUGGCUCACCGCGUGGAUCAAGAAGGCGUGGUGGCGGUUGACUCCGUAGUUGAGAAACUCAUUUUCAAACCCCAGGAUGUGGUAUCCAUUAGGGCUAAGGAUUCCGACCUCGAAUACGCCACGCAUGACGUUUUCCAAACAGAUAGUGCUAUAUCUAGCAAGUUUAAUGGUGUCGCCGCUGGUAACGGCAGAACUGGUGAAGAACGAUAUUUGGAGCCUUGGGACGGCUGCGAUACAGAAGUAGGUGAGGCUCCACAGCUGAACGGAGACGCUCUACUCGAAGAUUUGGAGCUGGAUCAUCGCGCCAACGGCUGGGACGCGAACGACAUGUUCCGCAAGAACGAGGAGGUCUAUGGAGUGCACAGCACGUAUGAUCACUCUUUAGCUGGGUACACACUGCCGCUGCAGCGGAAGGAUACUCAGGAUUAUAGGGACGCGGAAGCAAAAGCAGAAGAGAUAGCGGCGGAGAUUGAGAACGCCGCGUCAUCGAAGGCUCGCAUCGAGCUGGAGAACGGAGACGAGGAGGAGAGGUUCGCGGCCGUCGUGCGACCGCAGGACGGGGCCUCCAGCGCUGGGAAAUACGUCAUUCCUAAUAGGAGGAAGAAUAUGCAGACUGGCAAACUAGUAAAACCCACAACGACAAACAACGGUGGUUCUCCACCGAUGGGCGCGGUACGGGCGGGCCCGGGCGCCGGGCCGGGUGCCGCGGCGCCGCCGCCCGGCCCCGCCGCCAACAAGGACAAGGAGCCGCGCGCACCCAGGCCACAUCUCACUCCGCCCGCCGACCGGCGCCAGGACGACGCGCCUCUGAGCGUCCCCAACAGUGCUGGCGGCAAGAGUUACGCGGCGCAGGCGGCGCAGGGACCUUACCAUGUACCGCCAUUCCCACACGCACCGCACCAGCCUCCAAAUAACGCAAACAAAGUGAACGGUGAGCCGCGACCGCCGCACCCACGGCAAGGAUUCCCACCCCACCACCCCCACAACCCAGUAGGUGGCGGCGAAGCACAUGGUCGGCCUCCACGUCACGAGCCCCGCCACGAGCCCCGCCAUGAGCCCCGCCACGAGCCGCGCCACGAGCCCCGACGGCCCGAGGAAGGCGUGCAGGAGCUGCGCAAGUUCUCGCAGGACUUCAAGUUGAUGCCGACGCCGCAGCCACUGCCGCCAUUACCGCAGCAUCCACAACAGCCACAACCACCCAUCAAUGCUCAGCCACCCAGCCAGCCCCCGCCGGCGCCGAGUCCCCCCGAGGUGUCUGCCAACGCGUGCGCGGCGCCCGACCACAAGCGGGAGCGGCCGCCCAAACAACACACCCCGCCAGAACACCACAAGCAGAGUACACCGGCACCAAAAGGCGAGUCGCCUUCAGUACAAGAGGAGCGCUCGGCUCCGUCUGCUUCGCCUCCGUCGUCUGCAUCGCCAGGAAUGGAUCGCGUAGUCGCUAUCAAGAAGUCUACUCUCAACCCUAAUGCUAAGGAGUUUAACCCGGCUGCGAAGCCUUUCACACCUAGAAGUCCCAGCACUCCGAACCCGAGCCGUCCCCACACGCCAGGCACGCCAUCAGGCGUAGGCGUCGGCGUAGGGGUCGGCGUGGGCGGCGUAGGUGUGAACCUAGGUGGCGUGAGCGUGAUGGGCCCGGGCGUGAGCUACGUGUCUGCGCCGGUGCCGCCGCCAGCCAUGCAGUGCUACCCGCAGGUGGCGGCCGUGCCCUACGCCAUGAUGGCGGCCGCCGCCGCCGCCGCCCAGCAACCGCCAGCCUAUUUGCCGCAUCCACAUCCUGCGUUGGCAUAUGGAGCGAUGGGAGGCGGUGGCGGAGUUGCCGGCGUCACAGGUGGGGGUGGUCAGCCUCCCAUGCAGACGCAACAGCCCAGGAAUUUCCGUAAAGGUUCAGGCAUGCAGGUAGCGGCGGCGACGGGCCAGCCCCUGAUGGCGCCCGCCCCUAUGCAGCAGUUUGUGCCCUACCCACACCCACACCCCGCGCCCCACCCUGCACAGUCCGCGCUUCCAUACCCACACAUGUUUGGUAUAGCGUGGAAUGAGUAUGUAGACUACAAGUACGGAUGUACCACAGUGGCGUGGGAGGCUCAGUGGGCGCCGUAUCGGGCGUGGGCGGUGUGGGCGCCGGGGGCGCGCUGGGCGGCGGUGAGGUGGGCGGUGUGGGCGGCGGACAGGUGGGCUACGCGCCCCCGCCCGCGCCGUCGCCUGCCGCCGCGUCGCCCGCGCUGUACCCGCCCCCCUCGCCCGCGCACACUCCCCACCCGCACCCCCACCAGCACCCACACCCGCACCAUCAUUUCCAACAGCCUCCGCGUAUCACCAGGUGCUAUGUCCCUUGAUGGGUCCGGGGGGAUCUGGAGGCCACCACCACCACCACCAUCACCUUGCGUACCUGAAUCACGCGCCUCCCACCGCAUCGCCGCCGCAGCCUCACCCACACUCAAUCCAGGGCGUGCUGCUGCCGCCGAGCCACGGCGCGGGCCCGGCGCAGGGCGGCGGCGGGUCCACGACGCCGGGCGUGGGGUCGGGCGGCAGCCACGGGUAACGGGCGGCGACGGGCGUGGUGGUGGCGGCGCGACUGACGCGACUGACGCGGCUGACGCGCCUGACGCGGCUGACGCUGCGCCUGCAGCCCCGCCCCGACCGCCCCGCCUGACUCCGCCUCGCUCGCCCCGACAGCGUCGUUUCCUUGCCUCUACUUCAUAUUAUCGCGAGUGUAAUACCGACUAUCGGAUUUACGUGUAAAUAUUCGACCUAAGCUAUUCGUCGUCAUCGUUAAAUUUCAUUCGUAUCCGAUGUGUAACAUCACAGUGUUGCGAUAUACGGACUGUGUUCCCUCACCACCUGGUGACAGUGUACACUAGGACCAGCCUGGAGGUCUCGUUGUGAAAGUAUUGCUGGACGGUAGUUUCCUCAUUUUGCUGCUGGCAGCGUCACAUAUAUUUUGCGGUUUUGUAGGAAAACAUAACAUUUCGCAGCAGCGAAAUGCAUUUUAAAUUAUUUAUAAAUAAAAAAUAAAUCUGACCUAAAUCAACUUUUUUACAGUAAAUUGGAAUUUUAAAAUUUAUAAAAGUGCACUUGCAAUGCUUUUUUGAUGUAAUAUUUGUAACAUAUGUCCGUAGAGACUUAUUUGUGAAGGGAGCGGAGCGCGUGAAACCUCCGGUAUAAAGGUUUCAUUGAACAAGCGCCCCCAUCCUUGCUGUACGUACUGUUACAGUUAGUAAGCAGAACAUUUUUAAUAUUGUUUAUAUCAAAAUUAGCACGUAGACUAGGAGGCCUUCAUUUUUUAAUCGAGUGUCAUGGUUUGUCGCGGAAUAGCAGAAUACUUUUAACGCCAUCAAUAAUAUUUGGCGAUAUUCAAGUAUUGCUUAGUCCUCGUGACGAAUGUUUCGUGGUCUUACAAUCAGCUGGCGAGUCCCACUGGUGGUAAGGAAACGCGCGUAAUGUGUAUUCUCUAACUUUAAUACAACGUAAAGUAAUAACUUGUAUGCCUUCUUCGUAUCGAUACGUUUAUCGCAAUAAUUGAUGUUUAAUUGUCUUUCGUAAAUUUUUACUCGGUAUUUUCACGUGGCAACAUGUUUUCGGUUUCUUUUCAUUUGUUGCUAUUGUAAGUGACAUUUCUAUAGUAAUACUAAAAUACGGAAUUUUGUAUAAAAUAUUGAUAGUUUACCCCCAUCGUAAUGUAAAUGAAAGUUGAACAUUGUGAUAUAAACCAAAGAUAUGUACACAUCUUUAAUAACAUAGUUCCCAACUUAAAACGAAUAACAAUUGCAAAUAACUAUUAAGAGAUUGGUAAAAUUUUUGUAUAAACAAUAACAUUGUCACGUGAAAUCCCGAUAUUGUGAGUUAACUUCGAAAUAAUAUGAAUUCUGGCAAUACUUUCAAAGCAGUUGAAGGUGUUGCCAUACACAUGAAACUGUUAUAUAUAUUUUAGUUAGUUUUAGCAUGGCGGGGAAAUACAAAUGAUGUUGGAUGGUGUGUGUUUGUUGAUAUGUUGUAAGUGUAGAUAGAUCGUCUUGUACGGACGGAGAGAGGGUCGGCGGCGGCCCUGUGUAUUAUAAUAAACUAGAUAAUUCACUCUCUAUCAAAUUUACCGACGGGAAACAAGAGGAAUCCGAAACUAUCCUCUUUAUAUAUCUAUCGCGACACCUCGCCUGGGUGCAAGUCAGUUUUAUAUAAAAAAGUAUAUGAAAAUAUAUCGAACUAAAUAUCAUAAUAAAGUUUGAUACAACUUAGCUGUAACGUAUUCAUAGAAUUUUAUAUUUAAUGUAUAAUAUGUGAAGGCAAGAUUAUCCUUUGUCUAGUAAUACAGUCGGGUCCCUCUUGUCGUCGGUCGGUAAGGUUAGUUCCCUCGUUGACGACUAUCGCCAUUCUGAGACAGCGGUCAGUUCGUUAUGUAUUUAUUUAGGUUUAGGGUUAUUAUUGUGAAGGUACCCUCCGCGAUUACAAAACUAAUUCCAAAGUGUCAAUUGCACUUUAAAUAUUAUUAAUUUAUAAAUUGGCAAAUAGUUUUAAAUUUCUUAAUGUCAAUGGUGGGCGGUGUUGCACGCGCCCGUCGAUUUGAUACUGUAACGACUUUCAUUGGACAGUUGAAAGUAAGAACAAGUGUCGGGACCAUCCUAGAUGCUCAAUGUUUACUAAGGUAUGAAUUUACUGUCUCACGAGUCAUUAGUUCUAUUUUAUUUUAUACAUUUGCAGCUUUUGAGAAGGCAACGUUUACUGUGUAGCUGGGCCGCGAUACGUGGCCGACUCCCUGAGAGUGCUCAUCCCCAGACUAUGGUUAUAAAAGAAUCAAUUGUUCGUUAAACAUUUUCUAUUAGCAUAUUUAAUAUGAACGUAGUAACUACGCCUUUUCAGAUUGCACUGUUAGUGAAACUCAGCCUCAUAAUUGUAAUGUCGAGAACAAACUGUCAUUAGUCUGUGGAUUCCAUCCCUGUAGAGGUCACGGGGUGGAUUGCUGAACAUUUCUCUCACAAAUCACGUUGUAGGUACAUUUUAUUUGCCACAUGUAAGGCCAGUCUCUGUAAAUUCGCCAUUGUAAGAAACUUAUUGUUUUCAUUGAUUAGUCCCCUUUGUUCAAGCGUGGCGGAUACAUUGUGCGAAUCCAAACGUUCUUGUAUACACAAGCUUUAUAUAAUACACCCUUCAGUUGAACCGCCAGCAACUCGGUGCGCGAGGAUGAAUGAGAUGGACUAAACAUAUAAUUUUAAACAGAAUCUACAUAUUUUUCUUAUGUAAAAUUUGUAUAAUAGUAUUAUAUAACAUUACAAUUACAAAUAUAUUAUAAUUUUGAACUGAAUAGUUUACUGUGAUGAAGGUAUUUUUGAAAGCCUACCAACCACCCGAUCGUUGUGAAUAUCAUUAUCAUAGUGAUGCUAUGAACUGGCGAAGUAUCCAGGCUUUCAAUCAUAUGUCACUGUCACGCGUAGUUUCAAGGAAUUGUAAUAGGAUGCGUUACAGACGCAAGUAGGUUUGACAAUAAAAAUAUAAACUUUGAUAGGUAGGUGUAAGGAUGUUAGGAUUGCAUAUACAUACAUAUAUACGACGAUACUGACACUGUUCACAUAAAUUAAAGUCAGACUUGUCACAUAUGUACUUGUCAUAAUAUGUAUCAUACUCUGUUGUAUCAGUAAGGGUCACAAGAUUUGCACAAUCAGUACGUUUCCUCCCAUAGUUGUAGAGUUAUUUAUCGAUAAGUUUCUGCUUGAAUGGAGGGUCGUUAUACGCUUACUAAGUGUGGCAUCAAGGGGAGCUAAGUCCAUGACCUCCGCGCGGUGCUCCCUGGGUAGCGCCAAAUGUGGACGAUGACAUUCACAUUCUUUUAUAACAAAUUGAUCAACGGAAACCAUGGAGUGCUGCAGGAUUACUUUCAUACACAAAUUCGAGUUCUUCCUAUUCUUAUGUAUAAGCAUUCCUUUUGUAAAAAUUAUAGACGAACCAACUGUAUGUAUCACUCCCAAUGAGUUGCUAUGUUUCUAUGUACACCGCGUUUAAUGAUUUGUAGAUUUAAAAUAGACAUAUUUAUAUAAACAGACAAUGAAUAUAACGUGUAUAUAGUGUAAAUAUAUUGAUAUAGAGAGGUUACUGGUGACCUUUCCCACAAACUUACAUUCGUAUUUAUUUUGUGAUGUAUAAAGGAUUUUCGAACAAGUUAACUUGAAAAAAAAUCACAAAAAAAAUGUUUUCGGGAAGGGCCUACAACAUCCGUACCACGUUCGUGACUGUAGAAUGUAAUAUAUUUCUUGAGAACAUGGUAUGGACUCUCGUCUACUGUUUUAUUUUCUUUUUUUUUUCACAAUUUUUUUUUCUUGUUUUAAUUUAAAUUUUUAUCGCGUGCGUGAAUCCACCGCGUAAGUUUGUUGCUAAAUGAGAGAUUGAUAAAUAAUAAAAAGAUGUAUGUGCGUGUGUUGAUUGUUGUGCGCCAUAUAAAUAUUAUCGAUAUAUUUUUUGUGUGGAGUGCCACGCCUGGUGGCACAGACAUGUUUAUGUUUAGCUAGGAAUAUACCUUUCUUAUUUUCUCGUGAAAUUUGUACGUGCUUACGAAAAGACGUUCGAGUUCCUUUGGCCACAUAAUAUUAUAAUGGUUGUGGUGUAAAUUUUUAUAAGAUUCUCAUGUUAAGAGCAACGAUAUUCCAAGCGCCGAUGGUAACGCACAUUUAUCUAAAACUAUUGAUUUCAAUGUAGAGGAAUGGACAAAUCAGAGAUCUGAUUGUGGACGGCCAUCCCCGAUAUAUGUAUGUAAUUAAAAUAAAACGAUCAAGCCGUAAAGGCGGGCGUAAUGUCGUUGAAUCUAGGAUGAAGGAGUAACUCCAUUGUGCCUUUAUCAAUGGUGACAUGUGACUAUCACGACUUGUGUCUACUGAACUGUGACGUAUCAAAGUAAACGGUACUGAUAUUUAUAUACAGAGUGAAUAGAAGUUGUUCAGACAUCAUUAGGUCACAUUCCUAAGUCAGUUGAACUAAAUCGGCACAUACAUUACAUUCCACUAAUAUGCCAUAUCUACUUAUGGAGUUAAAUGUUUAAUUCCCCAAUAAAGUGUUCACAGUUCUAAUAAUACUAAUACACAGGUUAGUCUAUUAUUACGAUACAACUUCGCGUCCUUUGCUGUCUGACGUCACAGGUCUGAACAACUCCUAUUUACUAAUUUUGCUUUGAAGCAAGUGGCAAUGAUACUGACGUACUUGUGUUAAUUUCGCGUAAAAUUGACUUUAGUUGGGUAUUCCUUGCUCGGAGGCUGCUAGCCGAGGCCACUCGGCACCAACGAUUGCCACUUGACAACUAGCACGACUGACUCAUUAAAUUAUCACUUCAACAAUAAUCACGUUACAAAUGAUAAUUUAAGAUUCAGUCCACAAUGAGAGCAGCUCAUACAUUUUUACCUCGUAUAAGGCACUUUCCUUUGUGUAAAUAUUUGUUACCGACUCAAUGUCGGCGCUGCUGAUUCGUAAAACCAUUGUAUGUAUAGAUAAAUUCUAUGAAAUUGCCUUAUAAAUGUGUGUGUUGGCCCCCAAUGGGGGGAUAUUGUGAGGAUGUUACCAACGUGUAUGGACCUACUACUUGGAAGUUACAAAAUGCUAAUUUAAUUAUCUAUUACAGAUAUUUCCGAACGCCGCGUUCAUAUUGUGGGUAGCAUUUUGGUAACAUUCCGGUAUAGGAGGUGUAAAUUAUGUAAAGACUGAAGGGAAAUAAUGUGUGCGGAAGGGAGCAGACAUAAUGUAAAUUGGUUUUUAUAGGAGUGAUAAACAAAGCCUAAACUCCUCGUAUUGUAUAUUGUAAUUUGUUUGAUGGGGAUCGGUAGAAUUUGACGCUUACACAAGAUUAUUUAAAUGCUUUCGAGCUACAAAGUAAUGAGCUGAACUUAAUUACCAGCUAGAGUUUUACUGAUUCAUGUCAAAUUCGAUAUUGUAUAUUGCUGCUUAAUUCCGCUUGUUGAUGAAAGAUUUGAUUUGUGAAAAAGUGCUUUUUAUUUGUGAGCCCCGCGAAGGGCGUGUGAGCAGGAAUGUGCCAAAGUGGUAUGGCAUCGUUUAUUGUUUGUUGGACACGCUAACACCUGUGUCAACGAAUAUUUUUCAAUAAAAAAGUUAAAAAAAUGUGUUUCAAACACAACACUUCUGUGUUUUAAUGGUUUCGGUCCCCUUGUCCUUUUAAACUGUCAAACACCAAGCGGUCACCGGUGACCGCGACCUAUUGUUCUUUAAUUGUGUCUAUAAAACCGGUACUCGACGAGUUAACCCGU